GGUCGGGCCGGGCUGGCAGGGCGCGGGCUGCGAGCCGGGGCGCGCGGCCUCGGGCGCGGCGCGCUGUCACUGUCGCAGGACAGGGCGGAGCGCGGGGCACGCGGGCUUACGCGCGUGUCCCGGGCCGAGGGGCUCGGGCCGCCGGGGUUUGGCCGCCUCUCCCGGGCGUGGCCGCCCGUGGCGGGUCCCGCGGCAGAAGCCAGGACGGGCGCUGUGGCCGGCACCCCCGGUCCCCAGGCUCUUCUGGCCUCUCAGAAGCCACCACCCAGCAUGGACGGGGAGGAGCAGCCACCUCAGGAGGUGAGGGUGUUGGCUGCCAGGCAUUCCCACGGGGACACCAUCUACCUUGUGGCCUCCUCGGGUCCCUCUGGCUCAUUCUCUGCCAAGAACUUGCUGCACCCUGUUUUCUGCACCCCGGCAGGAAGCCCCUCCAAGGGGAAGGCUGACAUGGACACCAUCAUGACAUCAGGGACCUCAGAGGCGGUGCCAAGGGUGCUUUCUGGAGAUGCCCAGAACCUGUCUGACGUGGAUGCCUUCAACCUGCUCCUGGAAAUGAAGCUGAAGCGGCGGCGUGAGCAACCCAACCUGCCACGCACAGUGACCCAGCUGGUGGCUGAGGACGGCAGCAGGGUGUAUGUGGUGGGCACUGCCCACUUCAGUGACGACAGCAAGCGGGAUGUGGUGAAGACCAUCCGUGAGGUGCAGCCCGACGUUGUGGUCGUGGAGCUCUGCCAGUACCGAGUAUCCAUGCUGAAGAUGGAUGAGAGGACACUGCUGCGUGAGGCCAAGGAGGUCAACCUGGAAAAGCUGCAGCAGGCCGUACGGCAGAAUGGACUCAUGUCCGGGCUCAUGCAGAUGCUGCUGCUAAAGGUGUCAGCCCAUAUCACUGAGCAGCUGGGCAUGGCCCCUGGUGGCGAGUUCAGAGAGGCCUUCAAGGAGGCCAGCAAGGUGCCUUUCUGCAAGUUCCACCUGGGUGACCGCCCCAUCCCUGUCACCUUCAAGAGGGCCAUCGCCGCGCUGUCCUUCUGGCAGAAGGUCAAGCUGGCCUGGGGCCUGUGCUUCCUGUCAGACCCCAUCAGCAAGGAUGACGUGGAGCGCUGCAAGCAGAAGGACCUGCUGGAGCAGAUGAUGGCGGAGAUGAUCGGCGAGUUCCCCGACCUGCACCGCACCAUUGUGUCCGAGCGGGACAUCUAUCUGACCUACAUGCUGCGGCAGGCCGCACGGCGCCUGGAGCUACCCCGCGCCUCUGAGGCUGAGCCCAGGAAAUGUGUGCCCUCCGUGGUUGUGGGUGUUGUGGGCAUGGGCCAUGUGCCCGGUAUUGAGAAGAACUGGAGCACGGACCUCAACAUCCAGGAGAUCAUGACUGUCCCCCCACCGUCUGUUGCGGGCCGUGUGUCCCGCCUGGCUGUGAAGGCUGCCUUCUUCGGGCUGCUGGGCUACAGCCUGUACUGGAUGGGCCGCCGCACCGCAAGCCUGCUGCUGUUGCUGCCGGGGGCACAGUCCUGCCUGCAGAGGGCAUCCAUGGCCCGGCCAGGCCCAUAGGAGGCCUCACCUAGGGGUGCUGUUCUGGAGCCAGCGCCACCCAGGAACCUUCCUGGGAGCACCCAAGCGCCCCCCAUGGGGGUCGAGGUCAAGCCUCGCCUGCCCACCCCCAGCCCACCCAAUAAAGGAUUAUUUAACUGUCUGGGCUCAGGCUUCCCAGCAGCCCCACUUGUUCCCCGCCGGAGGGGCCUGGGGGCCACCGAGCAGUGGGCUGGGGAGGGCUGUGGUGCACGCUGGCCUUGUCCAUGGUGGGCCGGGCCCUGGCCACACCCUACCUCACUGUGCCUUGUGUGCCCCGGGCAUCGGUCCCAGGCCUGAGCGCUGGGGCCACACAGCUCUCCACUGUGGGUGGGGAGCCGUGGCUGCCCCAGACCAGCUGCAGCGCACCUGCUGCAUCUCCGCCUACAGAGACUGUGUUUCGGGCUUUUUUAAAUGUUUAAACAUUUUUUACUCAGGUAAUUUUAACUUUAAAGAAAAAAAGCAAACUGGAGCAAAUGUCAGGAAAUACAAGCCUUAAGUCCAGUGAGUCAGGAGAGUCUCAUGUCUGUCUGUCCUGAGUGAGCAUGUGCGGAGCAGGGCUGUGGGCCCAGGCAGCCAACAGGAUGCUGCUUCCCUUGGGCCUCUGCCCAGCACUCUGCCCCAGCCACCGUGUCCAGGCCCCACCACGUCUAGUUGUCCCUGUGCUGACUGUCAAUCAAAUCAGGGAAGCCCUGCAAAGCUGGGCUGGGCUGCAAGCCACUGGGCAGCCCUAACUUGUACUCACGGACUUGUUCCUUAGAAAUGAAAAUAAAUUCUAAUUUUUGAAA